AUGUCUUCUUAUUCAGAGGCCAACUUCAACUCCCGGCAUUAUGACGAAUCAAGACCAAACUACCCUGAACCUUUUUACAAAGCCUUGAUCGAGUAUCAGUGCAAGACAGGUCAAUCUGGGUUGGCGGUUGACAUUGGUUGUGGCUCUGGUUUUGUUGCAUUUAAGCUAAUGGAUCUUUUUGAUAAUGUCGUAGGCACUGACCCGUCAAAGACCAUGAUUGCACAAUGCCGGGCCUCUCCAAGACCAAACAAAAACCCCAGCAAAACCAUUGAGUUUAUCCAAGGCACGGCCGAGCGUCAUCCCGGUAUAAUCAAGCCCAGUUCGGUGGACUUGGUCACUGGCGCAGAAUGCUGUCACUGGGUCGACCAUGAACAGUUUUUCCGGGAGUCGGCACGAGUAUUGAAGCCCGAUGCUACUCUAGCCUACUGGUUCUACAAGGACCCUGUUUUCAUUGGGCAUCCCGAAGCGAACAAAAUAUACGAAAAUUAUACUUAUAACUCGUCACUCGAACAAAGCCGAGGGAGCGACGAAGCCUUUGAAAGGUACAUGGGGCCAUACUAUCAACAGCCAGGACACGACUACUUGAGAUCGCUAUUGAAGGAGAAAUCGCCUCCCGAGCUGCUCUUUUAUGACAUUGUACGCCAUGAAUACGUUUCAGAAAGAGACGGAGCGCCCGCCAAGAAUGGCGAGGAUCCUUUUACAUCAAAGACACCCUUGUUUAUCCUGAAAACCAUCGACAUGAAUUGGUUUUUAAACUAUGUCAAAAGUUGGAGCGCGUAUCAUACCUGGAUGAAAAAACAUGGCGAUAAGUACGACAUCGCUGAAACAUUCGUUGAGGAAUUGAAACAGAAAAUGGGUUGGUGUGAUGAUACGAAAGUCGACGUGAUCUGGGACACGGUAUAUACAUUUGCUAGAAAGAAAAAUACAAGUUGA